AAAGUUACACUGUUGACCAACGAGACUUCUUCUCGAAGUAUUUUGUGAUACAAUGGUUCUGAAGAUGAGUUCAAGAAUUCAAGUCUGCAUGCUCCUGAUUUUGACUUUUUGCCAAAUUUGUUCUGUUUCAGCGCUAACAAAUGGUUUAGACGCUUCUGCUUUACAAGCCUUGAAGAGUGAAUGGACCAGGUUUCCUGAGAAUUGGAAAGGCUCUGAUCCUUGUGGAACCAAUUGGGUUGGAAUUACAUGUAACAAUAACAACCACGUUAUUUCAAUAUCAUUAGGCAACCUUAACUUGGAAGGAAAGCUUUCUGCCGAUAUUUCUUCGUUGGCUGAACUGCAGAUCUUGGAUUUGACAUCUAAUUCUAAAUUGUCUGGAUCGCUUCCAUCAAAUAUUGGUAACCUCAGGAAGUUGACUACCUUGAACCUUAUGGAAUGCGGUUUCAGUGGUGAAAUCCCCGAGUCCAUAGGAUCUCUAGAACAACUUAUAACUCUAUCCCUGAACUCAAAUAAAUUUAGUGGAACAAUUCCAGCUUCCAUUGGACGAUUAUCUAAACUAAAUUGGUUUGAUAUAGCUGACAAUCAGAUCGAAGGAACUAUUCCAGUUUCUAAUGGGACUUCUUCACCAGGACUGGACAUGCUUCUUGAAACUAAGCAUUUUCACUUUGGAAAUAACAAGCUUUCUGGGGAUAUCCCAGAAAAGCUCUUCUCCUCAAACAUGACUUUAAUACAUGUGCUAUUCGGAAACCAGUUCACAGGAAAAAUCCCGAACAGCCUCGGCCUCGUUAAAACGUUGACAGUGUUACGCCUUGAUAGGAAUAAACUAACAGGAGAUAUUCCUUCAAGUCUAAAUAAUCUCACAGAUCUGAAUGAACUGUACUUGGCUGACAACAGACUUACAGGUAGCCUUCCAAAUUUAACAAGCUUGGCCAGUCUCUACACAUUAGAUGUGAGCAAUAACCAAUUAACAUUCUCACUCAUUCCAUCAUGGAUCUCUACAUUAGGCUCCCUGUCAACAUUAAGGAUGGAAGGGAUCCAACUCGAAGGUCCAAUACCAAUCUUGCUCUUUGCCCCUACUCUAUUGCAGACUGUUGUAUUAAAGCGCAAUCAGUUAAAUGCAACAUUGGAUUUUGGUACCAACUAUAGCAAACAAUUAGAGCUUGUGGAUUUACAAAACAAUGAAAUAACUAUUUAUAAACCAGCAGCUAAUAAAGGCAUCCAAGUAAUAUUGGCAGAUAAUCCAGUGUGCCAAGAAGCAGGGAACCAACAGAGUGACUUCUGCAGAACAAUCCAACAUAAUACUGAUUUUUCUGUUCCACAAAUAAACUGUUCACCAUGUGGUCAAGGCAGGGAACCGAGUCCAGCGUGCCGCUGUGUGUAUCCAAUCACAGGAAAACUCAUCUUCAGGUCUCCUUCCUUCUCAGGUUUUUCCAAUAACACCAACUUCAUAAUGCUCCAUCAGGGGAUAGCAGAUUUCUUUAGGGACCCCAGUUAUCAAGUGGACUCCGUCGCCAUCAGAAACUUUAGAGAAACUGCAACUGGUCAUCAGCUUCUAGUAGACCUCUUGUUAUUUCCAUUGAACAAGGAGAGUUUUAAUCAGACAGAAAUGAAUAGUGCUAUUUCUGCGUUUAGCACUCAUACAUAUGACCCUCCUGCAAUAUUUGGGCCUUACAUUUUCAGAGCUGAUCAGUACCGUCCGUUUUCUGGAGGUUCCAUUUCAACAAACACUGGCAUUAUCAUCGGAGCAGUAGUUGGUGCCGUGGUUCUUGUAAUGUUGUUAACUAUAGCUGGGAUUUACGGUCUUAGGCAGAAGAAGAGAGCAGAGAAAGCCACUGGUCAAAAUAAUCCUUUUGCCAAAUGGAAUAAGAGUACAAGCAGUGUUGAUGCUCCGCAGCUAAUGGGAGCAAAAGCAUUUACUUUUGAAGAGUUGAGGAAAUGCACGGACAAUUUCUCACCGGCAAAUGAUGUUGGAGGUGGAGGUUAUGGCAAGGUGUACAAAGGGAUUCUUCCCUCUGGAAAACUCCUAGCAAUCAAAAGAGCGCAACAAGGAUCUUCACAAGGGGAGUUAGAAUUUAAAACUGAGAUUGAGCUUCUUUCAAGGGUCCAUCAUAAGAAUGUUGUCAAGCUCUUAGGCUUUUGUUUUGAUCGAAAUGAACAAAUGCUUGUAUACGAGUACAUUCCAAAUGGCUCUCUUACAGACAGUCUAUCAGGCAAGAAUGGUAUUAGACUUGACUGGACAAGAAGGCUCAAAAUAGCACUUGGGUCUAGCAGGGGUUUGGCUUAUCUUCAUGAGCUUGCUGAUCCACCAAUUAUACACAGAGACAUCAAAUCAAAUAAUAUACUACUUGAUGAAAGUCUAAAUGCAAAGGUUGCCGACUUUGGCCUCUCAAAACUUGUGGGAGACCCUGAGAAAAAUCAUGUGACAACACAAGUGAAAGGAACUAUGGGCUAUCUGGAUCCUGAGUACUACAUGACGAAUCAAUUGACUGAGAAGACCGAUGUGUAUGGGUUUGGUGUGGUGAUGCUUGAGCUAUUAACUGGUAAAAGUCCGAUCGUGGGCGGCAAAUACGUGGUGAAAGAGGUGAAGGCAAAGAUGGAUAAAUCAAGGAACUUGUAUGACCUGCAAGAAUUGGUGGACACGACUAUCAUUCCAAACAGUGGAAAUCUAAACGGGUUUGAGAAGUAUGUGGAUCUUGCUUUGAGAUGUGUGGAUGAAGAAGGAGUGAAGAGACCAUCCAUGGGUGAGGUUGUCAAAGAGAUUGAGAACAUUAUGCAGCUUGCGGGAUUAAACCCGAAUAUUGAUUCAGCGACUAAUUCGAGAACGUACGAGGAAGCAAGCAAAGGAUCUGGUGAUCCUUAUGGCAAUGAAAUCCAAUGAUUGAAUUUUCUUUUGUGUGAACUCAUAAAUGCUUUCUUUCUUGAUACUUUGAUUUGUAUUCAGUUUUAUGAUUGGAUUAAUCUAUACUAUUAUUUAUGAAGUGAUUUAGCUUA